CGGACCGUUUGAGAUUUAUAAGAUUUUUUUUAUCUUCAGAUAUUAAUUAUUUCUUACUUUUCUUGUACGGGAAUUGGGCCGGGGCUGGGCCGGGAACAACGUACAUAAAUCACCCCACCCAAGAUAUUAGCGAAAAUGAAAGUACCAUUCGGAACGCCUCUUAGAUUUCGCGGGAAAAUGACCUGUUACAUAAACAAAAUGUGCGAUGCUGUACAUAUGUAACCAAUGCCUAGAAACUUCAUUCUUGUAGAUAGGAACAUUUUACGUCAGUUGUGGAGUGAAACAUAUAACCGAUAUACUUACAUGACAUUAGGAUUAUUGAAAAUGGCUGAAUCUCCAUAUUUCAAACGUGGUAGAGUAACCAGAUCAAAAUUAGCAUUGAACAGACCAACUGUUUGUAAUCCCCCAAAAAUACACCCGUCAUUUCCUACAGAAACACUGUUGAAAGUCAAAGAAGAGCCUCGAGACGAUGACUAUGCCCAAACCUUCGAUGCUUUCGACCAAAGAAGAACGGAGCCGUUUAAUAAAUGUGAUAACAUCUGCGUGAAGUCGGAAACGAAUGUUGGAGAAACACUGGAGAUUAAACAAGAGCCGUCUGUGGACAGUGUUGAACCUAAUUUGGACAAAGAUACCAGAACUACAAAGAAAGGAUCUAAAACAAGGAAAAGAGGCAAACAGACAAUCCAAUAUGAAAAUGGCCCCAUAAAAUCUGAGCCAACAGAUACUGAUUUUCAGACUUCUUAUGAUGAUAGCGACCAAAAGAAAACAAAAUGGGAGCCACCACUCUGGAAAACACAUCUUGAAAAUAUUAUUGAAAUGAGAAAGGACAAGAGUGCACCAGUAGACUCCAUGGGUUGUGAUGAAAUUAGUGAUAAAGAUUCAAAGCCUGAGGUGUAUCGUUAUCAAGUACUGCUUUCACUUAUGCUAUCCAGUCAGACUAAAGAUCAGGUGACAUCUGCAGCAAUGUCUAAGCUUCGCUCACAUGGCUGUACUGUUGACAAUAUCCUCAAAACAUCUGAUGAAAAACUUGGAAAACUGAUAUACCCUGUAGGUUUCUGGAAGAAAAAGGUGAUUUACAUAAAGAAAACUAGUGUCAUUCUUCGAGAUGAAUACAACGGUGACAUUCCUGAUACUGUAGCAGACUUGUGCAAACUUCCAGGGGUAGGACCCAAAAUGGCCUAUCUUACCAUGAAAUGUGCCUGGGACCAGGUGGUGGGCAUAGGUGUUGACACACAUGUACACAGGAUCUGUAACUGGCUAGGUUGGGUAAAGAAGCCUACAAAAGAUCCAGAACAGACACGAAAAGCAUUGGAGGAGUGGUUACCAAGAGAACAUUGGAAGACCAUCAACCACCUGUUGGUAGGCUUUGGCCAGCAGACCUGCCUGCCUGUCAGACCAAAAUGUACUUCCUGUCUCAACCAACAGAUCUGUGCUGUCGGCAGGGCUACUGUGAAAAAAAUGGGGGUCAAGAUCAAGAAAGAGAUGAAAAUUAAAAAAGAAGAAAGAUGAAUUUCUGCCAAAAUCAGUUUUAAAGUUGAAAGUUGUGACUAUCUGUCAUUGACUUGUUUCUUCAAGUAAUCCUGUCAAUAUCAUGAUCUGGAAGGAUGGUCUUUUCAAUGUGAUGAUCACCGAAAGAUUUAGGGCAUUACAAUUUACUAAUCAUUUAUGUGUUUAUUGAUAACAAGUUGUUGAUCCUUGAUUUUUGUUGUGUUAUUUUGUUAAUUGAUAUAAGAAUGUACUCUUUUGUAGGGAGUAUUGGGGCAACAUUGAUCUUCUGUUGGUGGGCUUCGGUCAGCAGAUUUGUACAGCCAG